GGCCGCUACCUGUGACCGGAGCCCGCCGCCGCCGCCGCCGUCGUCGUCGCCAGCAGCCAUGGCCGGCUACCGGCCCGCCGUGCACGUGGUCCAGCUGAAGCCGGUGGUCGUGCCGCAGUGCAUGCAGGAGGGCCAGAAGUUCAUCAAGUGGGAUGAGGACUCGCCCACCGGCGUGCCGGUCACCCUGAAGGUGGACCCGAACGGCUUCUACCUGUACGUGAUGGACCAGAACAAGGAGGUGGAGCUGCUGGACAUCAUGACGAUUCGCGACACCCGCACGGGUCGCUACGCCAGAACGCCGAAGGACCAGCGGGUGCGCGAGAUCGUCACCAUGGGCAGCACGGGCACCCUGGAGGAGAAGACGGUGACGGUCUGCUACGGGCCGGACGUCGUCAACGUCAACUUCGUCAACUUCUGCUGUAACAAGAUGGAGACGGCCAAGCUGUGGACGGACGAGCUGCUGAAAAUGGCGUACAACCUGCUGGCGCUGCACGCCAGCGUCACCACGCUGCUGCAGAAGGCGCACACGCGCAUUUGCAGGGACGUGGACCGCACCGGCCGGAUCCCCGUCAAGCACGUGGUAAAGUCGCUGGCAAACAACAAGGAGGACCGCAAGAGGGUGGAGAAAGCUCUGGAGGCGUCAGGCCUGCCCAGCGGCAAGUCUGACACCCUUGAACCAGAAAUGUUCACCUUCAAACACUUCUUGGCCUUCUACAUGCACCUUACCGGACGGCAGGAGAUUGAGCGGAUCUUCGACGAACUGUGCGGCGGCAACAAGCGGAAGGGGCACAUGACGGUGCAGCAGGUGGUGGACUUCCUCAACAAGGAGCAGCGCGACCCGCGGCUAAACGAGAUCCUCUACCCGUACGUGGACCCGCAGAAGGCACGCGAGAUCAUCGCCCAGUACGAGCCCAACAAGGCGAACGUGCAGAAAGGGCUGCUGAGUCUGGAGGGCUUCAUGCAGUACUUGAUGGGCGACGACAACGCCAUCGUGCCGCCCGAGAAGUACGACCAGUGCGACGACAUGGAGCAGCCGAUGUCGCACUACUUCAUCAACUCGUCGCACAACACUUACCUGGCCGGUCACCAGCUGACGGGCCGCUCGUCGGUGGAGAUAUAUCGGCAGUGUCUGCUGAUGGGCUGCCGCUGCGUGGAGCUGGACUUCUGGAACGGACGGACCGAAGAGCCGAUCGUGUGCCACGGCUACACGCUGGUGCCUGAGAUCCCGGCCAAGGACGUGAUCGAGGCGAUCGCCGAGGCGGCGUUUAAGACGUCGGACUGGCCGGUGAUCCUGUCGUUCGAGAACCACUGCAACCCCAAGCAGCAGGCCAAGAUCGCACAGUACUGCCGCGAGCUGUUCGGCGACAUGCUGCUGGACGCGCCGCUCGAGGACCAUCCGCUGGUGCCGGGCGCGUCGCUGCCACCGCCGACCGCGCUGCGCAGGAAGAUCUUGAUCAAGAACAAGAAGAAGCACCACAAGCCGAAGGUGGUGGUGAAGCACUCCGACACGACAUUCCACGUGCCGGUGGAGUCCACCGGCCCCAGCGAGGCGCUGGGCAACGGGGACGUGGCGCGGCCGGCGGCGCCGCUCGAGAAACACCCCAGCCAGCCGGAGCCGGACGAGCCGGACGAGGACGAGGCAGGCAGCAGCUCCGAUUCGGACGAGGACAGCCUCAGCCCGGAGGAGCGCCGACUGCGCGAGCGCACGCAGAAGGAGACGGGCACGGCCGGCAAGGAGUCGGAGGCGGGUGCUGAGAUCUCGGCGCUCGUCAACUACGUGCAGCCCGGGCACUUCCACAGCUUCGCGGAGGCUGAGCGCCGGGACCGCAGCUACGAGAUGUCGUCGCUGGUGGAGACGCAGGCCACGGCGCUGCUGAAGGCGCACCCGGUGGAGUUCGUCAACUACAACAAGCGCCAGCUGAGCCGCGUCUACCCGCGCGGCACGCGCGUCGACAGCUCCAACUUCAUGCCGCAGGUGUUCUGGAACGCCGGCUGCCAGCUGGUGGCGCUCAACUAUCAGACGCUCGACCUGGCUAUGCAGCUGAACACGGGCAUCUUCGAGUAUAAUCACCGGUCUGGGUACCUGCUGAAGCCAGAGUUCAUGCGGCGGCCCGACCGUCGCUUCGACCCCUUCGCCGAGUCCACCGUGGACGGCAUCAUCGCCGGCACCGUCUCUGUCAAGGUGAUCUCCGGUCAGUUCCUCUCCGAGAAGCGGGUGGGCGUCUGGGUGGAGGUGGACAUGUACGGCCUGCCCGCCGACACCGUGCGCCGGCGCUUCAGGACGCGCGUCAUCCAGAACAACGCCAUCAACCCUGUCUGGGACGACGAGACGUUUGUCUUCAAAAAGGUGGUUCUGCCGGACCUGGCCUGUAUCCGGGUGGCGGCGUUCGAGGAGUCUGGCCGCCUGCUGGGCCACCGCGUGCUGCCCGUGAUCGGACUGCGGCCCGGCUACCGGCACAUCAGUCUGCGCAACGAGUCGGGCCAGCCGCAGGGCCUCAGCACGCUGUUCGUCAAGGUGAAGGUGGGCGACUACGUGCCGGACGGCCUGUCCGACUUCGCCGAGGCGCUCGCUAACCCGAUCAAGUACCAGAGCGAGCGGGAGAAGCGCUCGUUACAGCUGCGUGUGCUGACCGACGAGGGCGACGAGGCCGAGCAGCCGGCGGCGACCGAGGAGGACGACACGCUCUGCGUGCUGCCCUCGGCCACGUCGCCGGCCGGCUGCGCGCGCAGGAACGGCGCCGACCGCGACGGCGGCUGCGCGGUGGGCGGGCUCGAGCCGCCGGCGGCCGCCGCCGCCGCUGCCGCCGCCGGUCAAGAGGCGAACGGCACGGGGGGCCCCGGCCUCUCGCCGGCCACCCUCCCCGACCUCUCCAUCAUGCACAGGCGCGUCGACUCCAUGAAGAACCCGCGAGUUACCGGCUCCAACGAGGACGUUCCCACACCCGAUCACCUGCUGACGGCCGUGCCGAUCGACCUGCUCUGGGAGGAGAAGCCGGUGCGCGAGCGGCGCCAGGAGCUGGAGCGCAAGGUCGAGAGCCUGCGCCGCAAGUUGGACCGCGAGCGCGUCAAGCUGCAGGAGGCCGGCAGCGGCGGCCCGGCCGGCCGCAAGAACACCUUCUCCAAGACACACUCCAAGCUGGUCAAGAAGUUCUCCAACAAGACCAUGGAAGGCAUGAGUCUCAGCGUGCCCGACCCGGCCGACCAGACGGCCAUGGAGUCGUUCUGCUCCCAGUUGGCGGCUUCAGAGAAAGAGCUGCGUGACAGGCACAUCGACCUGAUCUACGACGCGCUAGACAAGGUGGUGCGCACCUCGCAGGCGGCGCAACGAAAGAACCUGCAGGCCUACCACGAGCGGCGGGUGGCCGAGUGCAAGAAGAAGAUCGAGCUCGACCGAAAGGAGGCGAGCAAGGAGCUAGUCAAGAAGGGCGUCUCCAAGGACGAGAUGUCACGGCUGCGACGGGAGAUGUCGCAGGUGAUCGUGAAGGCCGGCGUGCAGCGGCGCGAGCGACUGACUGAGCUGCAGCAGCAGGACGUGCAGUCACUCAACCAGCAGCACGAACAGGUGCUGCAGCAGGUGCAGGAGCGGCGCGAGACGGCCCACCAGCAGCUGAGCAGUGAGCAGGAGGCGCGGCUCGGCCAGCUCACCCGGGAGUGGGUCUACACGUCGGACACGGCGCUCACGUGAGGCCGGUCGCCGGCCGCUGCCGCCACCGCCGCCCCCGCCCCCGGCACAGUUUCAGCACGGCCGGAAGCGCGUCAGCUCCGAAUUCCGGCCCAGCCCACUGGCAUGCAGGGCGACGUGUCGAACAAGUACAAAGUCACCGGCGGGCGCCGCCGGCCCGCGAGCACAAACACGCUCCGCGCGCCACCUGCCGCUGCCCGCGCACACUGUGUAGAUGGCGCCGCUGGCGGACCCGCUGAACGCACGCGUCUUUAGACCAGCCACCGUUCGUUGUUGACGCCGGCGCCUGGGACCCGGCCCUCCCGGUGGUUUGUUGGGGUUGCGUUGGACUUGCCGGAUUAUUUAUGUGAUUUUCGUGUUCGUUCUAGGGUGUUUGCACGCACUGAUUUCGAGCGAAGAGCAUGGAGCGCGUCGUUUAUGCAAUACGAUGGAUAGUGGAUAUCAACGUUAGGCUGUAGUCAAGUGAUGUCUCGGGCGUGUACAAUGCUUUACCUCGCGGUGCGGCCUCAGCCGCGCGUGUCACCGUCUCGAGAUCGCUGUACCGGGUGCGGUGGUACAUGUGCUGUCUUGACGCUGGGCGCGUGUUGCCCUGGUUGUACCUUGGCCGGCGGCGCCAAGUUCCGGGCCAUUCGCUCAACGCGAUGGCGGCGCUCCGUGAGAGGACCGCGCGUUGGAGGUGCGAUGUGUCCGGUCGCCCAGCCGUCUCUCCCUAACGUCAGCCGGCACUGCGGGCGACCGUGUGCAUGACGUUGGCCGCGGGCGGCGCGGCCGCAGCCUGCGGCGGGCGCUCCGCGGCGUCCGCCGUCAGCGCGGUGGGGCUCGCACGCCGUUGUCCCGUUUCUUGUUGAGAACAAAUCUGCCAUUCUAGCCAAGCCGAUUACGAGGGUUCGUGUGUUGACUCGGGGUUGGAGAGGCGCGCGGAUGUCGGGAGUUUUCCCGCUGUGUCGCCGUGUCAUGGCUGUCCCGUCGCGCCAUCUUCCACUGCGCAGCGCACCAGCACCGGCUAGGCGUGGCUAGCCUGGCCGCCGGCCUCCCGCGUCAGGCCUCCGCCAUCGGCCACACAGUCCCACACGCACACGGAUCCAGGCUGUGCGGAGAGGCCGCACAUGGGCAAAUAGCUUUACGGCGGCCCGGCCCCGGCCGGCUGUGGGAGCCAGGCCGCCAGCCGGUCAGGAGGCCCGCUGCCGCCCGGGCCGCUCGUGUCGCACAACGUCGCUGUCUUCAGACAAUCGAGCCGGCUCGCGCCGCUCCACCUACUGUUAGGGUCGAUGUGUACCCCUGCCCCCGCGUGGCGCACGCUCGUGUCUCCAGUCCCGCCCAGCGGAAGACCUCGGAUGGGCCUCGCUUCAGGCCGUCCACGGCUGUACGGUGUUUCACACAGAUGAGACCCUAAUUUCUGUACGAAUAUUGUCAAUGUGCUGUGAUUUGGAAAUGUUUACCUGUGCUCUGUUUACAAUCAUUCCCUUCUUCAUCAGGUAAUCGCUGUUGUAGCGUGGCUCCUCCCUUGUAUGUGUCAAUAAAGACCAAACUGAUG